AUGGAACCUCUCUACAGGAUCCUGCGCAUUUUAUCGACGAGAAAAACGGUUGAGAUGGCACGGCAGCAGCCACAGAUUACCUCCAAAGCCGAUGAAUGUCUGCUCUUCUCUAUCUGCCACUUCGCUGUCUUUUCCAAGGGCACCGGAUGGAUUUGCGACGACAUCGUCAGAAGCAUGAUGGAUGCGGAAGAUCUCUACGCCUGCGAAAUCGUCCAAACCAAGCUUCCCAGUUUGUACAAAGGGCGCUUCGUGCUGGUCAGGGAUGCCGGGUACGCCGGGGCAGCUGGCGCUGGAACAAGUCUCGCCCUGGUCGGUGCGUAUGUUCUGGCCGGCGAUAUCAAGCGGCAUCAAGGCGAUCUAGCCCGCGGAACUCGCAGCGUACAAUGA